CCUGUGUAAAAUGGAGGGCAAGAGGUAAAGAAGCAUCGGACAGUUCAUUCCAGAUAUGACUUGACUCUUGUUUCAAGCAACAAUCUCUCCUGAGUUUGGCCCACAUGAGUAUUCUACUGAUUGAGGCUUUCUAUGGUGGCUCCCACAAGCAGCUGAUUGAACUGCUUCAGGAGAACAUAGAGGACUGUGUGACCUAUACGUUACCUGCUAAGAAGUGGCACUGGAGAGCAAGAACCUCAGCUCUGUAUUUUAUGCAGGCAAUUCCAGCUGAUCCAUUGUACAGGGUUUUGUUUGCCAGCUCUGUGCUCAACCUUGCGGAGCUGAUUGCCCUCAGGCCAGAUCUGGCUGACCUGAAGAAGAUCCUUUACUUCCACGAGAACCAGCUGGUCUACCCAGUUCGUAAGAGUCAAGAGAGAGACUUCCAGUAUGGCUACAACCAGGUUUUAUCAUGCUUGGUGGCGGAUGUGGUGGUGUUCAAUUCCUCCUUCAAUAUGGAAUCUUUCCUCUCCUCCAUCUCUACUUUCAUGAAGACCAUCCCAGACCACAGGCCACGAGACCUGGACAAACUGAUCCGGCCCAAGUGUCGAGUGCUCUAUUUCCCACUUUGUUUUCCCGAUGUCACAAGAUUCCUCCCUGAGCACAAGCUUCGUCACAGACGUGGGGGUUUGGAAAGCACUGACAUCAGUGCUCAGCCUGCUGGUUACCACUCCCAGAGUCAGUCAGAGGAAAUCAAAGCCAGUUCCACAGAGCUUGCAUUUAUGACUCAAAUCGACCCUAGCGAAAAGUCGACAGUGCCACAGCCAUGCCAGGAACCACAAGGUGCCAGCCCAAAUCAAGGAGAAUGUAGAGGUCAGGAACCAGCCACCCCCAGUCCAUGUGAGCACAGAGAAACAGAGCAGCAUCGGCCUCUACACGUAGUCUGGCCCCAUCGGUGGGAACAUGACAAAAACCCUGAGCUGUUCUUUGAGACCUUGCUGAAGCUGAAAGAGAGAGGGCUAGAGUUUGAGGUAUCAGUUCUUGGGGAGAUGUUUACUGAUGUUCCAGAUAUCUUCACUGCAGCCAGAAAACAGUUGGAAGGUCACAUCCAGAACUGGGGUUACAUGCCAAGUAAAGAAGACUACAUCAGGAUUCUGUGCCAAGCAGAUGUUGUUAUUUCCACAGCCAAGCAUGAGUUUUUUGGGGUGGCCAUGUUAGAGGCUGUCCACUGUGGUUGUUAUCCACUGUGUCCCAAGGCUUUGGUCUAUCCUGAAAUAUUCCCUGCGGAGUAUCUAUACUCGACACCUGAGCAACUUUGUAAGAGGCUGCAAGGAUUCUGUAGGCGACCUGACGUGGUUAGGCGACACUCUGUCAAAGUGGACACCAACGUGUUUUCCUGGGAGACUUUGGAAAGGGGAUUCAGGUCUCUACUGACGCCAGAGUCUGACAGUACUUCCCUAAGAUGA